AUGCCGUUCAUGAAAGGGAGAGCACCCAUUCGAAGAACUUUGGACUACUUGAACGCAGGCAAGCUAGUGCUUAAGGACAAAAUAAAAAUAUUUUCUGUGGCAUACAACAUUGUGGGCCAAAAUAAUGUUGGAGCAAGGGAGUUCGUUUUCUGGUAUCUACCGCAAAUUCAGUACAAAAAUCCAAAUGUACAAGUCGCUACAUUAAAGAAUUUGACACCAUCUCCGUUUAUAAAGUGUUAUUUUGACGACGGCAGACAAAUAUUAGUGGACAUCGAUAAUAAAUCAAAGGAAGAUAUAAUGGAGCAUUUAUUGAAUACCGUUGGGAAAUCGAAAGAAGUUUUGGCAGCAGAGGCGAUAGAAAAGGAGGAUAAUCCUGCUAACUUCGGUAUCGGUUGUCAAAGACCUUGUAUAUGCGAAAUAUAUGGUCAAGUCCCAUGCCCAGGUGUAGUCCCAUUACCAAAAUUCAUGCGCGGCAAAUAUAAAAACCAAACAGAUUAG